AUGCGGAUGCAAUUAAAGGCAUCCGCAUGGCUGUACUGCCUCAAAAUUACGCGGCGGAGUCGUUGGAGUCGGAGCAGCUUACCGUGCUCCUGGACCUCCUCAUGGAAGAGGUGUGGAGACAAGCCUUAUGAGUUUGCUCUAGGUCUGGUCAAGAACCAGAACGUGGGCAUCAGUAUCUCGGCCUGGCGCGUCGUCAGCAGCAAGGUUGAGGAAAAAGGAGACAUGAAAGAAUACAGACUGUACUUGUACAUAGAUGACGACUCGUACAAAGUUCCUGACGCAGGAUCUGGUGGCGGUGCAAGGCAGGGACUUCGAAGGCAAAGAAUUCGUCUUGGCAUCGGCCUAUUUCCCAGGGGAGGCAUCCACAGCACCCCCAAAGGUGGUGGAAAGACUGCGGGUAUACUGCAAGAGGUACAGGCUGCUCUAAUUACCGGCUGUGACGCGAACGCCCACCACGUGGAAUGGGGCAGUACGAACUGCAACGCAAGAGAUGAUGAUAUUGCAUCCACGAGCGCUGCAGCAGUAAUGUGUCGUGAUGCUACUACAAUACAGCAGUGGAAUGUAGUGAAAAUGGUGAAAUACUUGGGCUCACAUGAAUUAUGUGUAGCAUUUGCUGAGGUAUACGGCCUGUUGCCAAAAAGUCGGCUUUGUGCCAUUCACAAAACGCAAAUGGCAUUGCACAAACGCCCUCCAUUAGGGUACUUUAAAUGCUCUAGAGGCAAUUGUAGGUCGAAGUCCCUUAUUUCAAGGGCAGUGGGCACGUGGUUUGAAGGCGUCAAACUAAGCUUUCCCCAGGUGUUUUACCUGAUGUAUUGUUUUGCCCACCGAUUUACGCGGGAAGAUAUUUAUAGGGAGGACUAUGCGAGCGUUGAAAAGAAAUUCUCGUCUGCCACUAUCUCCGACUGGUAUAGCUACUGCCGGGAAGCAGUAGUUAUAUUUCAGUUAGACCACCAAGAAUUCAAAGGGAAGAUUGGUGGUCCAGGAAAGGUAGUGCAGAUUGACGAAAGUAAAUUCGGAAAACGCAAAUACAACAAAGGAAGACGCGUAGAAGGGCAUUGGGUCCUGGGUAUGAUAGAGGAUGGCAGUGAGGACCUCAGACUGGAGGUAUGCCCGGACAACGUAAGUUCCGCUGAGGUCCUCAUCCCUCUUAUUCGCAAAAAUGUACGAGAAGGAACAACUAUAAAAACAGAUUUUUGGCGCGCAUACGAAUGCCUCCCUGAAUAUGGUUACAUCCAUAAAAAGGUCAACCAUAGUGACCCUGCCAAUCCCUUUAUCGCCGAGGAUGGCACAAACACACAAAGAAUUGAGUCUCAUUGGCGUGUGGUAAAGAGACUUUUUUACAAAGACAACUACAAUAAUCCGGCAAACUUUGCUGAUGUUACAGUAGAGUUUUUAUGGAGGCGGGAAAUGCAAAAAAAAAAUACAGAUCCAUUUAAUGCUUUACUGGCUGUUAUUAAAUACGUGUAUAACACGAAAUAA